AUGUUGCCGUCGUCGUCCACGGGCACACCAAGUGCCGAGGCUAGUCGUGGCCCCAUUGAUGUUCUAGUCAGCGAAACGGUGCAGCGCAUAGCAGACGUCAUCGAUAGCUUCGAGCUCUCCAUCCCGUCAACAAAACUCGGCCACGACGAACAAAACGGACCCGCACCAGAGAUUACACACCGCGAGAUGCAGCCUGUCCCGCAUUGA